UAUUGUAUAUUGUAUUGUAGUGUAUAUCUGGUUCUAGGUACUCACAUAGACACAUACCAACCAUCUCUCUUUCAUCAAUGAUCAUUGAAGGGGACAAAAUCAUCCAUUUAUUCUCAUGAAACUUUUAAGUUUUAACCUGAAUUUUAACAUAUAUUAUACUUCUUUGUUUCCUUUCCAAGUAAGAAUAAACCACAAAAAGGUGUCAAAUUUGAGGUUACUCUUGAUAGCAUCGGCAAUCAACAUUGGUCUUUAAGUGAUUGUCUCCAUCUCUUUCCACACCAGGAUUGUAAUUCGGUUUUAAGCCAUUUGGUUGAUGGCGACCAAUGAAAAUCUUCCUCCAAAUGUAAUAAAGCAGCUUGCUAGAGAAUUGAAGAAUCUUGAUGAAACCCCACCGGAAGGAAUUAAAGUGGGAGUAAAUGAUGAUGAUUUUUCAAAAAUAUAUGCAGAUAUUGAAGGCCCAGCUGGAACACCUUAUGAAAAUGGUGUCUUUCGCAUGAAGUUGAUUCUAUCUCGUGACUUCCCGCAGUUACCACCUAAAGGUUACUUUCUGACUAAGAUCUUCCAUCCAAAUAUAGCAACAAAUGGUGAAAUAUGCGUCAACACAUUGAAAAGAGAUUGGAACCCGAGUCUUGGCUUACGCCAUGUUCUAAUUGUAGUCAGAUGUUUAUUGAUCGAGCCAUUUCCAGAAUCUGCGCUAAAUGAACAGGCUGGCAAAUUGCUGCUUGAUAAUUAUGAUGAGUAUGCUAGACAUGCCAGGCUGUACACUGGAAUUCAUGCUCUUAAGCCAAAACAGAAGUUUAAGGCAGGGGUUAUAUCCGGGUCAACUACCUCUGUAAAUGUAGACCAAACCUCUUCGAUUUGUAGCGUUGACCCUAAAAACGCGGUAUCUGGUGUAGUGGUGCCUACGCCUUUGGCACCAUCAUUGAACACCAUGAAAGGGGUAAGUGGUCAGGAUCAUCCAACAACUGCUUCCAGCCUGACCCCAACAAUUGAGAUUGGAGUUGGAAGUGGAUCAAGUAAUGGGCCGCCAUCCAUGACUGCACAUAAGAAAGAAUGUGGGUUGGUCAAGCCUCAAGCUGACAAAAAGAAGAUUGAUGCCAGAAAGAAAAGCUUGAAAAGAUUGUAAUAUUGAUGUGUUUGUUGUAUUGUUUAUAUGAACAAAUGUAGGUUGAGCUCGCAACUGUUAAAAACAGCCUUGUAUGAGUUGUAUCAUUGAUUUGGUUAAUUUAAAACAUGCUUCUGAUUC